AUGGUAUCCAAAACCCCCCUCGAACAGAUAUUGCAACUUCCCGCGGCAACUCCCCCACCCGGAGUGAAGCCCAACCUGGUUGAUCCGCCUAACCUCAAGGCCGCGGGACUCGCUGUCAUCCUGGUGUUUUGGAUCCUCUGCACGGUGUUACUUAUCGUGCGGCUGUACACUAAGAUCCUGGUAAUUCACAAGGUGAAUCUAUCUGACUAUUCUAUUCUCUUGGCCUGGGCCAUAUUCAUGGGCUACUUUGCUCCGGCCUGGCUAAUGCUGCAGGUGGCUCCGGGGGUGGAUCAAUGGAAUAUGCGGCUGAAGGACUUUUCAUCCAUGUUAUACUCGUCUGGACAGUAUUACUACGUUGCGUCAGUCCUGUACGGCUGCAUUAUCUUCUUUAUUAAACUGGCCAUUCUGCUGCAAUUCGUUGAGGUGUUCGUGCCCAUGCGCCAGAGGGAUCGCUUCUACUGGACCUGCCAUGUCUUGAUCGCUGUCAACUUUGUCUUCUACCUGAUUAGUUCCUUCCUCGAGCUCUUCUGCUGCCAACCACGAGAAAAGUUCUGGAAACCCUGGCUGCAGGGCCACUGUAUGAGCAUGACGGCGGUGCUUAAUGUCGUCGUUAGCUCUAUUAACUCAGCCUCCGAUAUUAUUAUCCUCGUGCUGCCGCAGCUGCGUAUCUGGGCGCUUCACAUGCCGUUGGGUCGCAAGGUCGCCGUGUCAGCUGUAUUUCUCGUGGGAGUAAUGGCUUGUGCCGCCUCGGUCGUCCGUCUCGCCUACACCAUCCGACUGUACGAGAGCGACAAUAUCUCCUACUCUAGAUUCCUGGCUGGACUGUGGACUAUCCCCGAGCUGUCCAUAGGCAUCUCCGUCGCUUGUUUACCCAUCAUGCCCAAGUUCUUUAAAAGUAUCAACCUGGAGCACCGUCUGUCGCGUCUGGGCACCUCGCUGCAGACCUUAUUCUCCGGCUCCAGCAGUCGUCAUCGCUCGCAAGGCCGGUCGUCCAAGAACAGUGCCUCAAAACCGGAUCCCUAUCCUGCCGUGCCGGGGGAGGAGGGCUCCGAGUCCGAUCAGUAUCCGCUGGUGUCUAUGUUGAGCCGGGGGAGUUCAAAUCACCCAGUGACGACCAAUGCGGCGGUCUGA